AUGGAUGAAAAUGAAACAAUAAAUCGAAGUAAUUCAAAUUUAAAACAAACUGUUUCGGGUUUACAAACAUCAAUAAUAGCCAGUGAUCAACGUACAGGACGUGGACCAGGUUUAGCAACAAAUACAAUAGAAAAAUCAAAUGAAACAACAACUUCGAAUGUUGCUACAAAUAGUUCCGGUCCAAAUGCUAUGCUUAUGGUUGGACCUAAUUUUCGUGUAGGAAAACGUAUAGGAGCUGGAAAUUUUGGAGAAAUUCGUUUAGGAAAAAAUUUGUAUAAUAAUGAACAUGUAGCUAUUAAAUUAGAACCUAUGAAAUCUCGUGCACCACAACUUCAUCUUGAAUAUCGAUUUUAUCGACAACUUGGAAAUUGUGAGGGAAUUCCACAAGUACAUUAUUUUGGACCAUGUGGAAAAUAUAAUGCAUUAGUUAUUGAAUUACUUGGACCAUCACUAGAAGAUUUAUUUGAUAAUUGCGAUCGAAAAUUUUCACUUAAAACCGUCCUUAUGAUUGCUAUUCAAUUAAUUACACGUAUGGAAUAUGUUCAUUCGAAAAAUUUAAUUUAUCGAGAUGUUAAACCUGAAAAUUUUCUUAUUGGACGUUCGUCUACACGUAAACAACAUUUGAUACAUAUUAUUGAUUUUGGAUUAGCUAAAGAAUAUAUUGAUCCUGAUACUGGUCGACAUAUACCAUUUCGUGAACAUAAAAGUUUAACGGAGCAAAGUCGUCGAGAUGAUUUAGAAGCAUUGGGGCAUAUGUUUAUGUAUUUUUUACGUGGUAGUUUACCGUGGCAAGGAUUAAAAGCUGAAACAUUAAAAGAACGUUAUCAAAAAAUAGGUGAUACUAAACGUGCAACUCAUAUUGAUGUAUUAUGUCAGAGUCAACCUGAAGAAUUUGCUAAAUAUUUAAAAUAUGUACGAAAUUUAGAUUUUUUUGAAACUCCUAAUUAUGAAUAUUUGAGAAAAUUAUUCAAAGAUUUAAUGGAUGCUAGAAAUUAUGUUUGUGAUUAUAAUUUUGAUUGGGUAGAAAAAAUGCAAAAAUUAACAAAUAAAACUUCAACUAGUAAUGCUCAAUAUCCAACAUCAACUCAACCAGAAACAUCUUCUAGUCCAGCUGUACGCCAAAUAAAUAAAUUGAUAAGUUCACCUGAUGAAGAUACUACUGAUCGUGCUGAUCGAGAACAUGCACAUAUUAUUACAUCAUCAUCUCCGGCUAAUGUUGAUGUUAUUAGUGAUACAAAAUGUUGUUGUUUUUUUAAUCGUCGUACAAGACAACAGUUCAAGACAUCAAAUACGGCAUUGUUGUUAAUUCGAAUAAUUUAUUUGAUUAUGGAUGAAAAAGAAGUACCUAGUCUGGCUGAAAUUCAUAUAGCUGCAAGUCAUCUACGUUCUAUAUCACUACCGAUUACACCUAUUCUAACCAGUACAUUAUUAAAUACAUUAACAGGAAGAAAUGUUUAUUUAAAAUGUGAAAAUUUUCAACGUACAGGUUCAUUUAAAAGUCGUGGUGCUCUUAAUGCUGUACUUAAUGCAAUGAAAAUUGAUCCGAAUGUAAAAGGUUUUGUUACACAUUCAUCCGGUAAUCAUGGACAAGCAUUGUCUUACGCUGCAUCAAUUGUUAAACGACCAUGUGUUGUUGUUGUUCCUCAGGAUACACCAAAAAAUAAAACAGAUGCUAUUGAACAUUAUGGUGCAGAAUUAGUUAUUUGUGAACCGACACCAGCUAGUCGAAUAUCGACUUGUUUACGAAUUAGUCAAGAACGAGACUAUUUAAUUAUACCACCAUAUGAUCAUCCAGAUGUUAUUGCUGGUCAAGGAACAAUUGCCGUUGAACUUCUUGAACAAGUACCUAAUCUUGAUGCAAUAUUAGUACCAGUCAGUGGUGGUGGUCUUAUAAGUGGUAUUGCUUUAUAUACUAAACGUAUUAAUCCACAUAUUCGAAUAUAUGCUUGUGUACCUGAAGGAAAAAUGCUUGCAGAAUGUUUGAAAGAAGAAAAACGUUUAUGGCCUGAACCUCCUCAAUUUCUUAAAACUAAAUGUGAAGCAUGUCGUUUACAACAAUGUGGUACACUUACAUUUCCAAUAAUGUGUUCAUUAGUUGAAAAACAAGUGUUUACUAUAUCCGAUAAAAUAAUGAUUGAUGCAACACGAUUUGCAUUUGAACGACUUAAAUUAGUCAUUGAACUUGCUGCUGGCUUAUCACUUGGUGCUAUAAUAUCUUAUUUUGAUCAAUUAGAUCCAAAUAUUCGUAAUGUAGGUAUUAUUUUAUGUGGUGGAAAUAUUGAUUUAAGUGUACCAUUGCCUUGGCAACAGGAAAAUUCGCAAUAA